AUGGAUAGGGUGAAAUUGAUUCAACAGCGCCUUCUAACUGCUCAGAGUAGGCAAAAGAGUUAUAUGGAUAGGUGUGUUCAUGAUGUGUCAUUAUCUAUUGGUGAGCGACUGUUACUCAAGGUGUCGCCCACUAAGGGUGUGAUGGGAUUUAGGAGGAAAAGGAAGCUCAGUCUGAGGUUUAUUGGCCUUUUUGAGGUUUUAGAGAAAUAUGGGGAGGUGGCUUAUAAAUUGGACUUUUCCCCAAGACUUUCAGUUGUCCAUCCUGUGUUUCAAGUAUCGAGGCUUAAGCGGUAUUGGCACGAUGACUUUCAUGUUAUUCAGUUGAACUUGAUUGCUUUGGAUCAGAACUUGUCAUUUGAGGAGGAGCUUGUUGCUAUCUUGGAUAGACAGACUAGAUUGAGAUCAAAGCAUAUUGAUUUAGUGAAAGUGCAUUAG